UCCGCUAGCUAAUGAUUGGUGCUUGCACCCUAUGUAGUGUACUUGUAUGAGUCUGCACAUCAUUUCAGUCACGGUUAGUUACACAGUUGCCAGAUAUUCCAUUUCAACCCGUAUAUGGUUGCUAGUCUCUUUAAACGCCAACACUGUCCUGUGGCCCAAGCCGCACAUCUCCUCGAUGUCGAAGCACAAGCUGUUCCUGCUGAGGCAUGGUGAAGGAGCCUGGAACAAAGAGAACCGCUUCUGCAGCUGGGUUGACCAGAAACUGAGCGAGAACGGAGUCUUGGAGGCUCAGGAGUGCGGUCGGAUGCUGAAGCAGCACGGCUACCAGUUCGGCCAUGUUUUUACCUCGAUCCUCAGCCGCUCCAUUCAGACAGCAUGGCUUGUACUGGAGGCCAUGGGCCAAGAGUGGGUGCCGGUCACCAAGUCAUGGCGGCUGAACGAACGCCACUACGGCGCUCUGAUCGGUCUGAACCGGGCCGAGAUGGCGCUGAACCACGGUGAGGAGCAGGUAAAGCUAUGGAGGCGGGGUUAUGACAUCACACCACCCCCCAUCAAUGAAUCCCAUCCCUACUUUGUGGAGAUUUACAGUGACCGGCGGUACAGCACGUGUGAUGUGCCCAAAGAGGAGCUGCCCAAAACGGAGAGCCUGAAGGAGGUGCUGGACAGACUCCUGCCUUACUGGAAUGAUGUCAUCGUUCCUGAAAUUAGGAGUGGCCAAACUGUCCUCAUAUCAGCUCAUGGAAACAGCUGCAGAGCCUUGCUCAAGCAUCUAGAAGGUAUAUCUGAUACCGACAUUGUGAACGUCACUCUUCCCACUGGGGUGCCGGUUCUGCUGGAGUUGGAUGAAAAUCUCCGGCCGCUGAAGCCUCGAGAGCUGCUGGGAGAUCAGGCCAAAAUUCAGGCGGCCAUCAAAAAGGUGGAAGAUCAGGGAAAAGUUGUUGAAAGCAAAUGAAAAAAAAGUGUUUGAAAUGAAGUGAAAGUAUAUGCUGAUAAGUUAUAGCAUGUUUUAUUUAUAUUGAUGCACUGGACAGGAGAAAAGUUACACUAAUGUACACCUGUGUAUGGAUUGUUACUGGUCUUAGUUUUAGUUUUAGGUACAAAGCGGCGGCUAUUUUUCUCGGACAGGACGAAUAAUCGUGUUUUAUUCUGUUUGGUGAAAUAUUAAGAGAAAAUUGAAUUACAGUGGAUUUCUGUACUGUAUGACUCCAGUAAUAAGCCUGAGCUUAAACUUGAUUGCUGUUCUUUCGAGAUUACUGGUCUAACUGGUCUGAAUGGAAAGACCAGCUGUGCUUUUGUCUUAAGUAAAGGAGAGUCCAGGAUCCACCCAUGUUUACAUCGUUUGUGUUUAAGAAAUGUUCGUGUUGUCUUACUCUAAACCGUUAGCAGAUUCAAUGCUGUGGAAAUUGUUUAGAGUUUAUGCACCUCAAUGCAAAAUGUACCUCAACAUUACUACUAGUCGGCGCAGUCCUGGUCCAAAAGUGGACAUUUACUACGCCAAUGGUCCCUGAUGUCUGAGUUUUAUGCAGUUAUAGAAACAUUUUAUUUUAAUGUUUAUAACAUUAUUAAUCUCUCUCUCUGUCUGUCGGUACA